GGGGAGAGACGUCAGCGAGGACCACUUUCCCCCGAAGGGCCCACCCCGGGGGUGGAGCCUCGCCUUUCUGCCCAGCGCCGGCUGCUUGCAGCCCAGAAAGUGGUGGCCGUCCCCGCGCGCGCCGCUGCCUCCCUCGGCCGCCGAGUCCACGUGCCGGGCUGCAGGGGCUGCAGGGGCUGCAGGAGGCAGGUACGUGCGUCCGGGCGCGCUCCCUGCGCGGGGCCCCCGGCCACCCUCCCCUCCUGGCUGCUUUCCUGACACCCGUGGAAGGACGCUCCAGAGCCCGGCCCUGCUCGCCUUCCGGGAGGACGCCCCGCGGGCCGGCUGUCCGGAGGCGCCUCCGCCAUGGACCUCGUGGGGCUGCUGAAGUCGCAGUUCCUGUGCCAUCUGGUCUUCUGCUACGUGUUCAUCGCCUCGGGGCUCCUCGUCAACGCCCUGCAGCUCUGCACGCUCCUGCUCUGGCCCAUCGACAAGCAGCUCUUCCGCAGGCUCAACUGCCGGCUGUCCUAUUGCGUCUCCAGCCAGCUGGUGAUGCUGCUGGAGUGGUGGUCGGGCACGGAGUGCGUCAUCUACACGGACCCCCGGGCCUACCCCACGUUCGGGAAGGAAAACGCCAUCGUGGUUCUGAACCACAAGUUUGAGAUCGACUUUCUCUGCGGCUGGAGCCUGGCUGAGCGCUUCGGGGUUCUGGGGGGCUCCAAGGUGCUGGCCAAGAAGGAGCUGGCCUACGUGCCCAUCAUCGGCUGGAUGUGGUACUUCACCGAGAUGGUCUUCUGCACGCGCAAGUGGGAGCAGGACCGCAAGACCGUCUCGCAGAGCCUGCUGCACCUCCGCGACUACCCCGAGAAGUACUUCUUCCUGAUCCACUGUGAGGGCACGCGCUUCACGGAGAAGAAGCACCGGAUCAGCAUGCAGGUGGCCCAGGCCAAGGGGCUGCCCAGCCUCAAGCACCACCUGCUGCCGCGCACCAAGGGCUUCGCCGUCACUGUGCGGAGCCUGAGAAAUGUAGUUUCAGCUGUAUAUGACUGUACACUCAAUUUCAGAAACAAUGAAAACCCCACCCUGCUGGGCGUCCUGAACGGCAAGAAAUACCACGCAGACAUGUAUGUCAGGCGGAUCCCCCUGGAGCAGGUCCCGGAGGACGAGGACCAGUGCUCGGCCUGGCUGCACAGGCUGUACCAGGAGAAGGACGCCUUCCAGGAGGAGUACUACCGGACGGGCACUUUCCCCGAGACGCCCAUGGUGCCCUCGAGGCGGCCCUGGACGCUGCUCAACUGGCUCUUCUGGGCCUCGCUGCUGCUCUACCCCUUCUUCCGCUUCCUCGUCAGCAUGGUCAGCAGCGGGUCCUCCCUGACGCUGGCCGGCUUUGUCCUCGUCUUCUUUGUGGCUUCCAUGGGGGUUCGAUGGAUGAUCGGUGUGACGGAGAUCGACAAAGGCUCCGCCUACGGCAACAUGGACAGCAAGCAGAGACAGAGGGACUGACUCAGGACACGCUCCGUCCAGAGUGGACCUUGGGGAGCGGGUGGGCGCUGUCCCUCCCGGUGCGACCCAGCGAGGGCGCUGGGGGAGUCCCUGCUGGGAGGCAGGGCCUGUUCUCACGCCGCCGGAUGGAUGGGGCAGAAGACGUCCUUCCCCGUGUGCAGUAGUGGGUUCCGGUUCUCUUUCCCUGUGAGUGCGUGCGUGCGUGCGUGCCGAAGAACACGAGGUGAGGGUGCGAGGCUGCCUGCCAGCCCUGUCCUGUGAUCGUGCCGCGGUGUCUGGUGCAGGGGGAGGGCAGGGAGGGGAGUCCCUUUCAUCCUUUGGUGCUGUUUUCUGUAGCCAAUUGCCAGGUAGAGCCAAGGCGCUGUAGGGAAGAUGAUUAAAUUAUGCCUCCAAAAAAAGCAUUCAAGUGUUUGGCUCCUCUGUGGUGCGUACAGACCCUUCCAUCCUUCCACACGGUCAGGCAGACACGGUGUCUAACCAUUUCUCAGCUCAGGUCAGCCCUGCGGACACCCAGUGAGGCAGAGACCAGCACACAGUGUGACUGCGACGGGAGAGCAAUGCAGCUUGGGGGCAGGGUUUCAGGCACUUCCUCUAGUGACUUCAUUCAAAACACCAGCCACCUGAGACGGGCAAGCGUCCGCCUGGGAGCACGGAGCUGCGCACCUGUGGGCUAGCCCAGUGGUUGGCAAACUGCGGCUCUCGAGCCACAUGCGGCUCUUUGGCCCCUUGAGUGUGGCCACAAAGUUUCUAUCGCACUGUACGGUGCACGCCCGCACGUGGCAUUUUGUGGAAGAGCCACACUCAAGGGUCGCAGUUUGCCGACCACUGGGCUAGUCUACCCCCUAGUUUACGUCUGUAGAGAGAACACACCUGUUCAUAAGAGCAGUCAUGCUGGAACAGCCGCUAUAUUCUCUAAACAAAUGCAUGCAAAACCUUGUAAAAGUAGCUACGGAUGUUUCAAAAAUUAAAAAAACACAUUAAACACAUUAGUGUGUUUCAAAUACAGUCAUAAGUGGAUCUGAAAACAGGGACUUCGACGUAAAAUCCUGGGACAAUUGUGCAGCCAGUCCAGCAGCAGGUGAUGUCAUGGACACAGAAAGGGCCUGGCAGCCCUGGCUUCUCCUGGCUGGUCCCCAAGCAAAUCAGACUGCGGGGUGCAGGGGCUUCCCAAUCAUCGGCUGUGUGAGACGAGGGAGGAGGGGCAGAGGCACCGCUCCGCACCCGGCAGGUGAGCCCCGCUUCUCUGAGGUGCCGGCUGGACUCCCCAUGUGCGAGGCACAGCUCGCCGGUGGAUGUAAGAUGGUCCCAGACCCGCUCCCUCUCCACCCCUGGCGGUGCACGGCCCUCCCCUGCGCUGAGGGCUCGGAGCCUGCAGGACCC